UUUUCUAAAUCGUUUUGCAGAAGCUCUGUGGUGCUAAUGGAAGCCAGAAACAGCAGCUUGGUUCAAACAUGCUUUUUCUUGGAAACGGUGGAUUUGACACACAACAGGAAUAUACUAAUCUCGGAAAUCCUUAUCUGCGUUCUAAACUCUUUAUUCUCCGUAACAGCUGUGUCGUUCAACAUAUUAGUGCUAUUAAUAAUCUGGAAAACUCCACUUCUUCAUUCGGCUUCCAAUAUCCUUAUUUGUCGCCUCGCCUGCUCCGAUUUAGUCAUCGGUCUCUUGGCCCAGCCGCUACUUGUCGUCUAUAAAGUGGCCGAAUUAAAAUAUAAUCAUAAAACCGCUUGCUAUGGAAGACUCAUUCAUUGGAUCGCUGGUUUUGUAUGCGCCGGGGUAUCGGUCAUGACAAUUGCCACUAUAGCCGUGGACAAGGUGCUUGCUCUUACUUUACAUCUUCGGUAUAAACUUGUUGUUACUGAAGCUCGUGUGAUAAAAGUCGUAUUCACCUUUUGGUUUUUUUGCGUUGCUGCAGGCGUUUCUCUGUUCUUCGCUAAUUCAGACAGAUAUUGGACACUUAUUCCACUGCCAGUGCUAAGUAUUAGCUUGACAACAACGUUUGCGUCGUAUUUUGAAGUAUUUCGAGUGCUUCGUCGUCAUCAGAAGCAAAUCAGGGCUCAAACCCGCUCAGCGUGGACAGUCUUCAAUAUGAAAAAAUACAAGAAAUCUGUGUUCACCAUGUUGUAUGUUCUAGCAAUGUUCCUGGUCUGUUAUAUUCCUUUUUUGACAGCCAUGGCUGUACGAAUCAUGGUCGGCUAUAACAAUUUAAUCAAAAUGGCUUACGAGUGGGGUGCGACCGUGGUUUACCUGAACUCCUCGCUGAAUCCAUUACUUUAUUGGAUCAGAAUGCAAGAAAUAAGAGCUGCUGCUUACAACUUAUUGAGGAAACUACGGGGCAGUGAAAGCGAGAGCAAAAUAGAAAGUAAAGUUUAUAGAAUUAGUGCUUUAAAUGAAGGAAUCAGCCACUACGAGUAG